AUGCAUCACAAAUUGCUUAAAAUCUUGCAAGAGUGCAGGUCUCUCAAAGAACUGAAGCAGACCCACCUUCAGAUUUUUGUCAAUGGGCUGCAAGAUAGCAGCUUUUUGCUUCCCAAGCUCUUCACUCUCUCCUCAGAACUGGGUUUUCUUCAUUAUGCUUAUUCUGUUUUUCGAAAUUCUUGUUGCCCCAGUGUUGUCGCUUACAACACAUUGAUAAAAUGCUCUGUAGGAAAGGCUCGUAUAGAUGCAUUGCGCGUGUACGAUCGAAUGAAGGCGCUUAGGAUUGGGCCCAACAGUUUCACUUUCACUUUUCUUCUUAGGUGCUGUGAAUCUUUCGAGGCCCUUGAAGAUGGGACAAUGGUUCACGGUGACAUUGUCAAAAUGGGUUUUGGUUCUAGUGUCUUUGUUCAGAAUACCCUUUUGGAUUUCUAUGCUAAAUGCGGAGAUUGUUUGGAUUUGGCUUUCCAGGUGUUUGGUGAAAUGCCCGAAAGAGAUGUGGUUUCCUGGAAUUCGAUGAUUGCUGCUUACAUGGCCCACGGUGAGAUAGAAACUGCGAUGAGGUUGUUUUAUUCAAUGGCAGAUAGGAGCACUGUAACAUGGAAUUGUGUUGUUUCUGGUCUUUCCAAGGCUGGAAAUAUGGAAUUAGCUCAUUCAGUUUUUGAGAGGAUGCCAGAAAGAAAUGAAGUUUCGUGGAAUUCAUUAAUAACUGCAUAUAUACGGUUGGGUGAUGUCAAGUCUGCGCAGUGUUUAUUUCAGCAGAUGCCCAAGAAAACAGUAGUUUCUUGGACGGCCAUGGUCUCGGGAUACAGCAUGAUUGGAGAUCUUGAAUCUGCAUGGAACAUAUUCAAUCAGAUGCCUUUUAAAAAUGUUGUAUCAUGGAAUGCCAUGAUUUCCGGUUAUGUUCAUAACCACAUGUUUGAUCAAGCUCUUUGUGUGUUUCGCAAGAUGCUAAUAGACGGCAAGUGCAGGCCUGAUCAGAGUACUUUGAUUAGCUUACUAUCCGCAUGCACUCACUUGGGGUCUCUAGAACAUGGAAAAUGGAUUGAGUCCUAUAUUGAGAGAAACAAGUUUGAUUUGUCUGUUCCCCUAGGGAAUGCGCUAAUAGACAUGUUUGCAAAGUGCGGACAUGUAGAAAAUGCAAAAGCAGUUUUUAAAAAGAUGACUAAAAGGUGUAUAAUUACAUGGACAACGAUAGUGUCAGGUCUAGCUGUCAAUGGGUUGUGCAGAGAAGCCAUAGCUCUCUUUGAUACAAUGUGUUCAGAGGGAACUAAACCAGAUGAUGUCAUUUUUAUUGCUGUUCUGUCAGCUUGCACUCAUGGAGGGUUUGUGGAAGAGGGUAAAAGAGUUUUUGAUCAGAUGGAACAAGAGUUUGGCAUCAAACCCCGAAUAGAGCACUAUGGUUGCAUGGUUGACCUUCUAGGUCGGGCCGGGAAGUUGGAAGAAGCAGUCAUGUUCUUAGAAAACAUGCAUUUGGAGCCAAAUGCUGUCAUCUGGGCCAGUCUACUAGGUUCCUGUAAGAUUCAUGGAAAUGGAGAUCUGUUGGAAUAUCUAACCAGACGGAUUAUGGAGAAGGAGCCUGCAAAUCCCAGCUAUUUAACUCUUAUUUCAAAUUUGAGUGCAUCAAUGGGACAAUGGAAAGAUGUGUUGACCUAUAGGCAAGUCAUGAGACAGCAGGGAAUAGAAAAGGUUCCUGGUUGUAGCUCAAUCCAAAUGGGGAACAAGAUCCAUGAGUUCCUAGCCCAUGACACAAGGCAUGAGCAAAGAAAAGAACUUUACGUUGUUUUGAAUAGUUUAAAUGACCACUUAGCAGCAGUAUGCAAUGGACUAUGAAUAUAUGAGUGGUCUUUCGCACUAUGGUCACCAUUAUUGUGGUGUUUGGGAAGAAAAAAGAAAUGAUAAAUGAGUAGUCCUUUUAUAUGAUGUCCCAAGCAUUUAUGUCCAACCUGCUGAGGGUGAUGAGGUACUUUGGGUCUUGGGUACUUCAAAUUCCAAGAUAAAAUCAGAAAAGCACAUUUUGGAAGACAUCUGCUUCGUGAGAAGUAGCAAGAGAAAGCACUAGGCAAACAUGGGUUCAGUGAAGAAAGGUUGAAAGGUAAAGUUUUUCUUUUACAAAAAACUGUGGGUACUGACUACGGAAAGAAUUUGUGGGAAUGAAGGGAUUCCUGGUGUUACAGGUACAUGCUGGGCUCUUUUCUUUAAUUGAUAAUGAAGUUGAGAGGAAGUUUGUUCUCUUAUCAACGGGACAUAUACCAUGGUCCAAACUCCAUAGCUUGGGAGCAUAGUGGAACCACAAUAGUUUUAAAAUGGACAAAUGACAAUGAAAAACUCUUUGCAACUGAGAACAUUUAAGUUACAAUGUUGUCAUACAAGACUGAUAUGGGGAAUCGCUUUUGUUCCUGAUGGUGAAACUCUGUUUUCUGUCUAGAUAGAUGGCCUUCUUAUUCUGUUAUUUCAAUUAUUAUUUUAGUACAGAGGUUGGUGUUUUAUUUAGACAAUGCAAA